UGAAGCAUCAUCUACCUGAAAAUGACUAAACCUGAAGUAUGUUGAUGCUGUUAUUCGUAAAAGUGCACACGUGUAUUUGACUGUUGGUUACAUCGUUAUGAAAGUAUGUAACUCCCACGCCGAAAAUGCAAUGGAUGUAAAAAAAAAAAGUAACUAUUUCCAACAAUGUAGCUGUUAUACGAUUGACGAUUAAAUGGUCGGUGACGUCUUCUCGUCCACACACUGCACAGACGCGAGUAAUCGAUAGCAGAUCGUCGAUGUGUUCAUGCCUGCUGACAAUCUGGGCAAGUCACUCUGCCAUGGCGUCCGGAAUGUCGCAGAAGAAUUCGCGCAGUGUUUAUCGUCACUGAGCAGGCAUUCAUCGCUGCGUUUUGAUCCCGAUUUGAACUGAUCACAUUUGACGUUAAAGCGGCCAUGACGGUGGAGCAAAAUGUCCUCCAGCAUUCUCAAAAGCACCAGCAGACGCUACUAAACCAGUUGCGAGAGGUCACAGGCACCACAGACGUUCAGCUCCUGCAGCAGGCCUUGCAGGCAAGCAAUGGAGACCUGGCUGAGGCCGUGACCUUUCUGACAGAGAAGAAUGCCAAGGUUCGGCAGCAAGAUGAGACCACCUACUACCAGACUUCUCAGGUGUCCGGCGACAGAUACAUCAGCGUGGGCAGUCAAGCAGACUCGAAUGUCAUUGACCUGACGGGAGACGACAAAGAUGACCUGCAGAGAGCGAUUGCCCUCAGCCUGGCAGAGUCCAACCGAGCAUUCAGGGAGACGGGAAUCACCGAUGAAGAGCAGACCAUCAGCAGAGUUUUGGAGGCCAGCAUAGCAGAGAACAAGGCGAGUCUGAAGCGUACCCACACAGAAGUAUGGAGCGAUUCACCCAACCCGCACGACAGGAAGAGGAUAGAUAACUGCCCUGUGGGCUUGAAAAAUGUGGGCAAUACCUGCUGGUUCAGUGCCGUCAUCCAGUCUCUGUUUAACCUGCUAGAGUUCCAGAGGCUGGUGCUCAACUACUCACCACCGACCCAAAUCCAUGAGCUGCCUCGCAACCAGAAGGAGCACAGGAACCUUCCCUUCAUGCAGGAGCUGAGGAACCUCUUCUCCCUCAUGGUGGGUUCUAAGAGGAAGUAUGUGGACCCGUCACGAGCUGUGGAAAUCCUCAAAGAUGCCUUCAAGUCCAGCGAGUCGCAACAGCAGGAUGUGAGCGAGUUCACCCACAAGCUCUUGGACUGGCUGGAGGAUGCCUUUCAAAUGAAGGCUGAAGAAGACAGGGAAGAAGACAAGCCAAAAAACCCAAUGGUGGAGCUUUUCUAUGGACGCUUCCUUGCUGUUGGCGUCCUGGAAGGUAAAAAAUUUGAGAACACAGAGCUGUUUGGUCAGUACCCGCUGCAGGUGAAUGGCUUCAAGGAUCUCCACGAGUGUCUCGAGGCAGCAAUGAUCGAGGGGGAGAUUGAAUCCUUGCACUCUGCUGAGAACUCUGCCAGGUCUGGACAAGAGCACUGGUUCACGGAACUCCCUCCUGUGCUGACCUUUGAGCUGUCAAGAUUUGAGUUUAAUCAAGCACUCGGGCGGCCUGAGAAGAUCCACAACAAGCUCGAGUUCCCCUUUAUGCUGUACAUGGACAGAUACAUGGACAGAAACAGAGAAAUAACUCGCAUCAAGAGAGAGGAGAUCAGGAGGUUGAAAGAACAUUUGACGCUGCUCCAGCAGAGAUUGGAAAGGUAUCUGAGCUAUGGCUCCGGCCCCAAGAGGUUUCCUCUGGCAGAUGUCCUCCAGUAUGCUAUGGAGUUCGCUUCCAGUAAACCUGUGUGUACCUCCCCCGUGGAAGACAUUGACUCUUCAGCACCCCCUGGUGGUGCAACGGGACAGCAGCUGCCGCCUCCAAGCAUGGCCGAGCAGGAUUCUUUGGCUCCCUCGGAGAGCCCAGGCUCUGCCCCAGGCCCCGCUUCAACAGUCACCGCAGCCCAGCAGCAGAGGGCACCCAUUCAUAAGCCUUUCACCCAGUCCAGACUACCUCCUGACCUCCCCAUGCACCCAGCUCCACGCCACAUCACCGAAGAGGAAUUAAGGGUCCUUGAGGCAUGCCUGCACCGAUGGAGGAGUGAAGUUGAAUAUGACACCCGAGAUCUACAGGGCAGUAUUUCACGAAUCCACAGAACCAUUGAGAUGAUGUACUCUGACAAAGCAAUGAUGCAGGUUCCUUACCGGCUUCAUGCGGUGUUGGUCCACGAAGGCCAGGCCAAUGCAGGCCACUACUGGGCCUACAUCUACGACCCGCAUCAGCGUUGCUGGAUGAAGUACAACGAUAUCUCUGUUACAAAGUCUUCCUGGGAGGAGCUGGUGCGGGACUCGUUUGGAGGUUACCGCAACGCCAGUGCCUACUGUCUCAUGUAUAUCAAUGACAAGAAGCCAUUUCUCAUCGAAGAGGAGUUUGAUAAAGAAACGGGCCAGAUACUGAGCGGCAUGGACAAACUUCCGCCAGACCUGAAGCAGUACGUGAAGGAGGACAACGAGCUUCUUGACAAGGAGAUUGAGGAGUGGGAUGCUUUUCAGGCCCGCAAGGCUCAGCAGGAUAGGCUGCCUCUCUCCACGGCAGCUGCUGCGGCAGCGUCAGCGCCAUCCAGCACCUCCACUUCCUCCUCUUCACCGCAGCCUAUGAGUAUUGAGUGCAGCCCGCCAGACAAUGCAGCCUCCCAGCAGGAUCCUGAGUACAUGGAGCAGCCGUCACCCACCAGUGACUCCAAGCACCUGCAGGAGGACACAGAGAGAGCCAUCUCCAGAGUGGCUGCUGAACAGGAGGAGAGGAGCCCAGAAGCGUUGUUAAAUGCCACUGAAGCCCAGUUGAGCCCAUCCUCGACUCCGCCUCCUGACCUUGUCAUGGAGGAUGAGUCCCCAGGCCACCACACAGUAGAGGUGGCCAUUCCCAAUGUGGGGACCUUUGUCAUUGAGUCAGAAGAGGGAGGAUAUGAUGAUGAGAGACUAUUAUUUUGUUUAAUGCGGUUGCUGCUUCCCGGGCAGGCGAUGAUGACCCCGAACAUGCAGGGUGUAAUUAUGGCUAUUGGCAAAUCCAGCAGAGUAUUUGAAAAGAAUGGGCCUGAGGCAGCCUUUUUUAAGGCUCUCAAGCUAGAAUAUGCUCGACUUCUGAGGUUUGCUCAAGAGGACACGCCACCUGAGAAAGACUACCGGCUCCAGCAUGUCAUUGUCUACUUCAUCCAGAACCAAGCACCCAAGAAGAUCCUGGAGAGGACUUUGCUCACUCAGUUCGCGGACCGUAAUCUGGCAUUUGAUGAGAGAUGCAAAAGCAUUAUGAAUGUGGCACGCGCCAAACUGGACCUGAUUAAGCCCGAAGAGGUCAACAUGGAUGAGUAUGAGACGUGGCAUCAGGACUACAGGAACUUCCGCGAGACAACCAGUUUCAUGAUAACAGGCUUGGAGCUCUUCCACAAGACAAAUUACGUGGAGGCGCUGAUGUAUCUGAUCUACUCACACCAGUACAACAAGGAGCUUCUGACUAAGGGGCUGUAUAGAGGGCACGAUGAAGACUUGCUAGGUCACUACCGUCGGGACUGUUUGCUGAAAUUAAACGAGCAAGCGGCAGCCAUGUUUGAGACGGGAGAAGAACCCGAAGUGACCACCGGCUUGGGCAUCAUGAAUGAGCUGGUGGUGCCCUGCAUCCCCCUGCUGCUGGUUGACGACGCUGACAAGGACCUGCUAGCGGUGGAAGACAUGAGGAACCGCUGGUGCUCCUACUUGGGACAAGAGAUGGAACCCAACCUCCAGGAAAAGCUGACCGACUUCCUGCCCAAGUUGCUGGACUGCUCGGCGGAGAUGAAAAGCUUCCACGACCCCCCAAAGGUGCCCGCCUCCUCCACGCUGGAGCUGUGUGAGCGAUUCAGCCGCAUCAUGAGCAGCCUCGGCAAGGCGGCCGCCCACGGCAGAUGAAGCACCCUUUCUCCCAGGCCCCCCCGGGGGCUUUACAUCCAUGGACCUCUCUUAACCCAUGCCUUCCUUUUCGAAACCCAGGGCUCACUCGCUUUCUAGCUUAUUCCUCUGUUAGCGUUUUGCUGCUUUCAUCACGGCGGAUGCGAUUUCACUCAUUGGACGCCAGCGUUCAACAGAGGACGAGGACGAGGACGAGGACGAGGUGGACGUUUAAGUUAGUGGAGCACAAAAGGCAAUCCUGCAGCUAAAAGCACAUUCAUCUCCGGCUUUGUGAAACAUAGUUUCAUAGUUUACCCGUGUCGUCGCUGUUUUGAUUUCAGCUCAAACAAGCCCCCCGCCCCCACCAGUCUCUGCCCGUUCCACGUCUGGUCACUUCCGGUCGGCUUUUAUUUUUCUAAGGCAGGAAGAAAAUCUUCAGGUUUAUCAGAGUAUCUCAAAUGGGUCUCAAAUGUCAAAUGUCUGCGUGGGCUGCUCCACAACGAGAAGUUUCAAGUGCUGUGGUGGACAGCCGUGCACUUUCUGUGGCUUGUUGAGAAAUCCAUAGAAUAAAAUUUUAUUUAUGGCCCUUUUAGGCCAAAUAAGUCCUUGUCUUGUCUUUUUGCAUCGAACGUGUCUGCAAACAUGAAGUUAGUUCUUUACUAGCACAGCGCAUGACAAGUAAAAUGUCACAAAGGGGCUGUUGGCACGCUCAGUUUCCACACA